AUGAGUCGAGGAAAGAGACCCGAGCUGCCGCCCAAACCAGGGGGACCUCGUCGCGAAGACAUGCCAACUAUUCCGGUUAAAAAUACACUUCUGCAUCUGAAUGGUCAAAACCUCGCUCUGGCGGCUAAAAAAAGCGACCAUUCUCGAGCACCUGGCCCCCAUCUGUCACCGGUGCCUGUAAAGGAGGCAGCAGGUCGCCUUACAGCCUCCCCGCCAUUGACCCAAGAGGCCACAGUGCAGUUGGACUUGGCGCUGCCAAAGUCCCACAAGCUAGUCCUGGACACCGGGGUAGGGAACCACCAGGCGAGGCGACCUUUAAAGCUGGCACCGUUGGUCUUGUCUGACAACGUUGGACAAGUGCACAAGCAGAAAGUGAAAUGUAACCAAGGAAAGACAUGUGUAAGUCGGGAGAAGGUUUCCAUUGUAGAGCUAAAGAAGCCGUCAAAAGCGCCAAUUAAAAGCAUGCAGGAUGUGAUUUGCCAGGGUACUCCGGCUCCGCUGUUCCCCAAGCUUACCCCGCACUCGCCCCAUGUUAAAGCCAGAGGCAAGAUCAGGUCAACAGGCCCAAACCUCACAAAUCAAGACAACGCUGAGAAGAGACGGCUGAGGCUGACAAGAGAGCAGUGCUUGGAGGAGGCUGAGACCAAGUCCAGCACGUCGAUAAUGGUAGCUUUGUGUUCAGAUGAAGACAAGAGAGCCAAAGGUGUCCGAAGCAGAGGUCAGCGGCAGGACGCGCCUCUGAGAGGAAACCCGCAAUCUGGAAAAGGCAUCAGGAGGCUUCCGGAGGUCCCCCAGGAGAGCAGAAGUGUCAAGAAGAGCAGUGCAGAAGACAGAAAGUCCAGGGAAUUGUCCGGAGAUGAGCCGUCUGAACCUGACGGUGAAAAGACGAGCGCUGCCAGCUGGAGUUUAAAAAGAAGAACGGCCUUAAUGGAAAAGCAAAGCAGAACAGUAACUCUGGAGCGACCCCAGCUCUGA